CUUAGCGGUUGUCGUCACGCGCAUCAACCGCGUCGCAGCCGCCGUCGUCCGUCGUAUAAAGAGCGUUCGCUCGUUGCCGACAGCUGCACAAACGUCUUCAAGCUCGCGACGUGACGACACUUUGAAAACAUAAUAGUUAUUAUUUCUUAUACGAUAUUAUAGUAUACGAUUUUUACGUUUCCGUCUAACGAUAGUGAGUAACUGUUUAUAUAAAAUAUAAAAUAAAUUCGUCUCUCGACCGUGUCAUCAACGGACACGCAUACAAUACACAUAUUAUAAUAUUAUAAUAUAAUAUCAUCAUCAUCAUCGUCAUUAUGCCGUGUCACGAAGUCGCACCGACCGUCAUGCAACAGUACCACGCUUACGAAGACGACAGAUCGUCUGGCAAAACGUUCGACUCCGACUCAGACUCUUCCGGAUCCGGUGAUAUGGCCACCGCGCAUUCGACCAAUGUGGUUCGGGCCUGCAGCAAAGGAAAGUGGCUGAAGACGCUGCGGACGAUCAUCGACAUGAUGGACGGCGGUGGAAGUGAACGUCGGCCGCGACAGGUCAAGACCAUACUCAGGCCACCGACCACGUACGUGUUCGUGAUCGGCAUGUCUGGACUACCGUCCAAGGUGGCCAUCUACCCGAGACGGAUGUGAGGGGACCCGUCGGGAAGUGGACGCCUGAUUUGACGACGACCGGCAGGCAAUCCGACAAGAUGCGAUGAAAUAUUACAAAAACCGGAUGCCACGAUAUUAUCAUAUUUCGUAUGAUUCACAUUGAUUUAUUUCUAGUGUGAUUUUGACCAGUAUUUUGAAUAUAGUCGUAAAUUGGUUUUGUGACUGAAUAUAAUAACUAUACAUUGUGACCCUCUGACGUUUCCUAUACUGUGUAUAGGUAACGAUCGUUUCGAUAUUUUCGAGACGUUUCUCCUAAUUUAUUUAUUUAUGCAAUUUGAAAUGUUUUUUUAUCGUUCAUUUCCAAUGGCGAUAAUUUUAUACAAUUUUUUAAAUUUUAUAAACGCUUUUGAUACGAUUAUAUUAUAAUUAAAUUAUUUUGUAUGGGGCAUGUCUCACGUGGUACUUAUCAAAUGUAUGUAAAAAUAAGAGAGAUUUGUAAUACUGAAAAAACGGGCCUAACUUCCGUGUAAAUAUGUAUCUAUAACUUUACCACGUGAUUUAAAUGUGUCUUGAAAAUUAUAAAUUAUUGUUUUUGACAAAAACUAAACAAUAAAAACAAAUUCUCAGCGUGAUAUGAAA